AUGGACUCUGUCUCAAUAUUUUGUUUCUUCUCAUAUGCUAUUUGUGGUCACCCCAAAAUAUUUUCCACUGAGAUCAGGGUGCCAUUUGGAAGCAAUGCAAACCUUGCAUGUAUGAGCAAUUUCAGAUCUGAUACAAAUAACCAAGAGAAAGGAAGAAGGCAAGGUGCGAGUAGUCCAGAAAGGAUCUAUGGGACAUUCCAUGGAAGUCAUAACAGAAGAGGCGAAUUCUAUGCCAACCCUACUGCCUCUUCUGUUAUGAGAAGAAACAAAAUAUUCACAAUGGAGGAAAGACUAAAGAUGACCCCUGGAGGAGCGAAGAAUUCCGAAGAUGAUCCCACCAGGAAAAAAGUGGUGACUGAUAUUGGGGCUGGAGAUGAUUCUUUUGUCAGAUAG